AUGGCCGGUUACAGCGGGGCCGGCACUGGGAAGCCAAAUAACCAUUUUGAGGACUUGACCAUUCGGACUAACAUGAGCAUCCUGGGGGUAAAAGUGACAGCAUUCCGGACAGACCUGCUGCCCCCCCACUCCACGUGCACCCACCAGGUGGCCCGGGGGUCCGGAUCCCACGUGCGCUUUGCCAACAGCAUCUUGUGUAAACCCCUACCCGGAGGCCACUCGGGGAACAAGUCCCACCCCGAGGACCGAGGGGAAGAGAAGGCAGCAGGGAUCUGCCAAGGCGUCUUCAGCAGAGCUCUGGCUGCAGACCAGGGAGUGGAGACCGGAGCGUGCAUCAGAGGGUCCGAACGUGACGGGGACACCUUUGCUGCCAGAGGCUGCAGGGACCUUGCUCCCUGCUCACGGGAGGCCAGCACUGGCCUUGCUGCCACGGCUGAUGCCACCUCCGUGUCUUCCGUGGCUCCUGACCCAGAACCGAAGUCAGUGUGUUUAGUGGCUGGGCGGGACCAGGUGCUCUGUCCUGUCUGCAAGGGAAGGGGCUCCGCGCUAGGAAACAGAGGAGAGGGCGUGGGUUCUGAGCGGUCCAUAAAAAUUAGAGAAGUCAAGGCCGCUGGUGGGCCCCCGCUGCCGUCUCACUCUGCGCCUGCGCCCAGACAGCACGAUGCUGUGGGACAUCACGGGCUCCCCGCGUUGAUUGAACUCACUUCCCGUUUACUGCGCCCGCUGAGCGGGCGACACGGUCCGAGUGUGACCAUUCAUCACCCUCCGAGCAAAUUCGUGUUUCUACCUUCUGAGGUUCCACCUUCUGAAUUUCUCUCUCCAGCGUCUCCCCCUCGGCCCAGUGGCUGUGCUCCCUCCAGAGACGGUCGCAUCCAGAGGUUCCCUAGCCCCUCUGUCUCCCCAGGAUGCUCCGGUUGCCACGGCCUCUCAGCCACUCGGGGGUCACCCCUGCACUGUCCUGUCUUCCAUGGGCUGCGCGGUCCUUCCCGUGGUUGUGGAGCCGCGUCUGCCCUUCACCUUCAGAAACACAAACGGAGAAGAAGAUGCUCCACGCCCCCUCCCCUGCCGACUCUGUCCCCCACUUCUGUCCCCUUCCCCAAACAAAGCUCGUCCUUACAAUCGUCUCUUCCUGCAUUCCUCCUCCUCGACUCCAGCUUUCCCGCAAGCCAUUUAGGCUCUUGUUCUCACCGUUUUUCCAAGGCCACCGAAGCCCUCGGUCUUGCUGAAGCCAAUGUUUGUUGCGUGUCCUGGUGGCCUCUCAUUGGACAUCCCCGCAGCCCUUCGUGCUGUGGAAACACUUUCUUCUCGAGCUUUCUGCACCACACACUCCCGGGCUUUUCUCAACCUGCUUUGCUUCCCCAGGACUCUGUCCUGACGGCCUUCUCUCCUCCAUGACCUUUCCUCCCUCCGUGAUUUCCAGCCUCCGUGUCCAAUUUUUUUUCUCUGUGACCUUUAUUACAUUUCUCCUUGACUGACUGAAAAGUUUCAAGAUUACCAAAAAGUUGGAUGAAUAGUAACUAUGAACACCCCUGGGGUCUUCCGUGAAAUCCAUCAGCCUCUAGCAUUUUGCCAACAUUUGUACUUUCUGUCUGUCUGUUUGUCUGUCUGUCUCUUCCUCACCCAUCUUCCCACCUCUACCCACCAUUUUUUGUUGGACCAUUUGGAAGCAAGUUUCAAUCAUCAUGAUACUUCUCCCUUAAGUAUUUUAGUGUGUAUGUCCCAAGACUGGAAUAAGGA